CUCCUCUCCAGGCGCGCAUAGCGCAUAACCAUCCUCAAACUUUGAUGAGCCGUAUCCUUCACCAAGGCAACAAAACAACCUAGUCUGAAUACGUUUUUGAGAAACAUUUUGUAGUCUGCGUUCGACAAUCCGGGACGACCAAGGUAUCGAGAUGGAAAGCACUCCUGUUGAAAUAUUCAAAGAAGAAAAUAAGUGCCUCUCCACGCUGUUGGACGACUGUCCGGUGAAUUCUUCAGCCUGGGUGUCCGGAUACUCGGAGAGCCGCAACGUGACCCACAAUGAUAGCUGGGAGCCGGAAUUCAUGUCCCCCAUCAUCCCCAUCAUCACCGCAGUCUACUCCGUGGUGUUUGUGGUCGGCUUGUUGGGCAACUGCCUGGUCAUGUAUGUGAUCAUCAGGUACACAAAGAUGAAGACAGCCACCAACAUUUACAUUUUCAAUUUAGCCCUCGCUGAUGCCCUCAUCACCACCACAAUGCCCUUCCAGAGCACGGACUACCUGUUGAAUACCUGGCCCUUUGGGGAAGUGGUUUGCAAAGUCUUCAUUUCCAUCGACUACUACAACAUGUUCACCAGUAUCUUCACCCUGACCAUGAUGAGCGUGGACCGCUACGUGGCUGUGUGCCACCCUGUGAAAGCUCUGGACUUCCGCACUCCAAUCAAAGCGAAGAUGAUCAACGUGUGCAUCUGGAUCCUGUCCUCGGCUGCGGGGAUACCUGCUUUUAUCCUCGGUGGCACCCAGACCAAGAGCGGAAUAACUGAGUGUGCCUUACAGUUCCCAGAGCCGUACGUGUACUGGGACACAUUGAUGAAGAUGUGUGUGUUUGUCUUUGCGUUUGUCGUGCCUGUGCUCAUCAUCACCGUGUGCUACUCCCUCAUGGUCCUGAGGCUGAAAAGCGUCCGAAUGUUGUCCGGCUCCAGGGAGAAAGAUCGCAACUUGCGGCGGAUCACACGCCUGGUGGUGGUAGUGGUGGCUGUGUUUGUGGUGUGCUGGACACCCAUUCACAUUUUCGUCCUGGUUAAGGCGCUCGUGGGUGUACCGGAAACCACCGCCAUCAUGGCCGCCUACUUCUUCUGUGUGGCUCUGGGUUACACAAACAGUAGCCUGAACCCUGUCCUGUAUGCCUUUCUAGAUGAGAACUUUAAACGCUGCUUCAAAGACUUCUGCCUCUCGGCCAAACUGAAGGGGGAGAAGGUGUCAGGGAGCAAGAAGAUUGCAAGCAGCGUGCGGGAGGCCGCUGUUCCCUUGGAGAAUCCGGAUGGGACUAGAAAGCCGGCAUGACUAGCCGUGGAACUGUCUUCAAUUUCCCACAUCGGAAAAGAAGACUCUAAUGACCUAGGCCUAACACAUGUCACAUCAACCAUGUAGUUUUGACCUUUGUUUCAUUAUCACUUGGACGUUGACCAGUGCCAAUAUUCAUAUGAUAUCACUUAGAGAUCAAAGGAAGGUUUUACGUGAUAAGUUCUACUCCAUUUUGAUUUGCUUCUCCCUCAUGACAGUUGUUACAAAGAUUGUUCAUAGGUAGAUGUGAACUUGAAGAGGACUUAGUUUAAGCAGAAAAAAAGACCAAAUGUGAUAAAGGUUUAUCUUUAGCAUUUAUUCUCAUAGCGUUCCCUGUCCUGCUAGACACUAUCAGAAAGAUAUUAACUCAUAAAUAAUAUAGACUUUAAAUAUAGCUAUGAAUGGGCAUCCCCAAACCAUAUGGCACAUCCUGAGAAAUAUUGCAUAAAGCAAGCAUUAAUUUGUCUAUUUAAUGGACAAAUCAGAAAAAAGACUGUAACAAGAUUGGCUCCUUGAAAACUGUAUUUUUAAUGUUUUCAUCAUCAAAUCAAAUUUUGUUUAAGAGUAUCUCACAUUAUAUCUAUUCCUGUCAUUCCCUCCUGUAUUUCUAUAGCCAAAUGUGCCUUUAACAGUCCAGGAUAAGACGUUUGUAGCGGCGAAAAAUGAUUUCAAUGGAUCAAACAGCAAAAGUUAACAUGUGAGCUUCAUGAAUCACUGACGGCAGGUAUGUGCCAAAAUCCUUUUCACCUCUGAGAAGAGUUUGAAAUGUUCUGAAUGACCACAAUGGGAAUGAAUUGAUUCAUGCUGGAAAUGAAGUGGUAAACAAAAACCUCCGCCGCAUCAAAGCAGCAGAGGUUUUUGUCGAGGAAUAAAGUUAGGAAUCCUGGACUUGAAUGUGCUUUAAAAAUUUGACAGAGGGCUCUCUAUCAGCUUUGACUCUGGAGUUGUUUCCAGUUUGAUAAGCUGUUUGAUUUAUGGUAUAUAGUUAAGUCAUGUGUGCUUUGUGUGGCUUUUACCAUGAUACACAUAGUACUGAACCACUUAUUCUAGUAAUGUUCUCAUCAAUCUAAAAACCUAGCUGUUUAAACAAGUUUUUCUCUUGUCAGCUGUACAUAUGUAUACAUUAUUUUGUAUGGAUAACAAACGAGCCUUUUAUUUUAUUUGUGGCAUGUCAAUGAUCAAUGCUAUGAUAGUAUAAAGCAACCUCUGCAGCCUGUGCUUGUGUCCUAUGCUGUCAUUUUGAAUGUACUGCAAAUAUACUCUGUAUUAUAUAAACAUAUGAUUACUCAUGGUAUUAAGUCAUCUAUCUUAUUAGAGGUCAGUUAGUAUUAAUGGGUUUCAGGGAUACACUUCUGUUUCAGUCUUGUGUCCCUAAACAAAUAUUUAUUUAAGAUGGCAUUACAAUAGAUAAAGCACAGAAGUUAUGUUUUUUCACAACUAAAGAGACAUUAUUAUAAGAAACUACACUGUGACCAAAACAUCGUUUGUUUUCUUUUCAUUCUCUGUGCUUACUGUUUGAAUUUGCUGCUGCUGUAU